GAUCCGGGUUUUAAACCACCAAAGAAGAAACCAGGACGCCUUCUGUUAUGAAUCUGACAUCCACGGGUCAGAGAACCAGUCCCGAUUCAGUCCGGGAUCUAUAAUCACAACUAAUGAUCCUCUAUCACCUCUAAAGGCUGCACUGCCAUGCAGACCACGUGGUUUAAACAGGCGGUCGACCGUCGCUUGUGGGUCACUUGUCUGUCAAUUUCAUCCAGACCUGCAUUCACACCUGUUGGCGGGUCGUGGAGCGGGUCUAGACCUGCUGGGGGGUCGUGGACCGGGUCUAGACCGCCCUGCACCCCUACUUGGGGGACGUGGACUAGAUCUACCUGCACCCAUGCUGGGGGGUCGUGGAUCCGACCCGUGGGGUUUGACACCGGGGUGAAGACCUACAACAGUCUGACCCGACGGAAGGAGCCCCUCAUUCUGACGCGGGACCGGGUCGCCACCUGGUACAGCUGCGGCCCCACGGUCUACGACCACGCCCACCUCGGCCAUGCGUGCUCGUACGUCCGCUUCGACAUCCUCCAGAGGAUUCUGUCCCGGGUGUUUGGGGUCAGCGUCAUCCACGCGUUGGUCAUCACCGACAUCGACGACAAGAUCAUCAAGAGGAGCCAGGAGGAGAACAUGUCUCCCACGAUCCUGGCCAGGAUAUACGAAGAAGAAUUCAAGAAGGACAUGCUGUCAUUGAAGGUCCUACCUCCCACGGUGUACUUGAGAGUGACUGAAAACGUGCCUCAGAUCGUGGCGUUUAUCGAGCGCAUCGUGGCUAACGGUCACGCCUACCCCACGCAGAAAGGUGACGUGUACUUCGACAUCCGGAGUAUCGGCCAGCGCUACGGGAAGUUCUCCGGUUCCGUCUCGCUACCCAGCGAAUCCGCGGACUCCGAUAAACGUGACGCGCGGGACUUCGCCCUCUGGAAGGCCGCCAAGCCGGGGGAGCCGUCCUGGGACUCCCCCUGGGGUGGGGGGAGACCGGGCUGGCACAUCGAGUGCUCCACCAUUGCCAGCUCAGUAUUUGGCAGCCAGCUGGACAUCCACUCUGGGGGGGUGGACCUGGCCUUCCCCCACCACGAGAACGAGGUGGCCCAGAGCGAGGCCUACCACCGCUGCCCCCAGUGGGGGAACUACUUCCUGCACUCAGGUCACUUGCAUCUCAAAGGGAGUGCCGAGAAAAUGUCCAAAUCCUUGAAGAACUUCAUCACGAUAAAGGAGUUCCUGCGGUCGUACUCUGCCCAUGAGUUCAGGAUGUUCUGCCUGCUGACGAAAUACAGAUCAGCGAUCGACUUCAGCGAGGGCAGCAUGCUUGCGGCCCGCAGCCAGCUGGGGGCGCUGGUGACCUUUGACCAGGGGGCCCAGGCCUACCUGAGGGGCCAGCUGCCCUGCCCCCCCCUGGACCCGGACCGGCUCUGGGACAAGCUGGCGGAGGUCAAAGGUCAGGUGCUGGACGCCCUGGCGGACGACUUCGACACGCCCCGAGCAGUGCACGCCGUCAUGGACCUCGUUUCCCAUGGCAACCGCCAGCUGCAGCCCGUCGCCGAGGCUGACGGUGCGGCCCGCAGCCCGGCGGUGGUGGGGGCGGUGCUGGCCUACGUCAGGGAGCUGUUCGGUCUGCUAGGCGUCGACCUGCUGGACAGACAGGAGGAGGGGCUCUCCGGCUCCUCCCCCGUCGUUGUGGCUACUGUGGUGGAGCAGCUGUGUCAGUUCCGGAGCCGCGUGCGGAGCUUCGCCCUGGCCCCGUGGGAGGCCCCGCCCCCCCAGGGCCCCGGCUCCGCCUCCGCUAGACCCCGGACCCGCCCGGACCGGCUCCCCCUCCUGGAGGCCUGCGACGCCCUCAGGAAGGACCUGGCGCCCGCGGGCGUGCUGAUCAAGGACCGAGGGGCGACCUCCACCUGGGAGCUGACCAGGAGGGCUGCCCCGGAGAAGGACCAGGACCAGGACUAGACCAGGACCAGGACUAGAUCAGGACCAGGACCUAGACCAGGACUAGACCAGGACCUAGACCAGGACUAGACCAGGACUAGAACCAGGACCAGGACUAGAACCAGGACCAGGACUAGACCAGGACUAGACCAGGACCAGGACUAGAACCAGGACCAGGACUAGAACCAGGACUAGACCAGGACUAGACCAGGACUAGAACCAGGACCAGGACUAGACCAGGACUAGACCAGGACUAGAACCAGGACCAGGACUAGAACCAGGACCAGGACUAGACCAGGACUAGACCAGGACCAGGACUAGAACCAGGACCAGGACUAGAACCAGGACCAGGACUAGAACCAGGACUAGACCAGGACUAGACCAGGACUAGAACCAGGACCAGGACUAGACCAGGACUAGAACCAGGACCAGGACUAGACCAGGACUAGAACCAGGACUAGAACCAGGACCAGGACUAGACCAGGACUAGACCAGGACUAGACCAGGACCAGGACUAGACCAGGACCCGGACUAGACCAGGACUAGACCAGGACCAGGACUAGACCAGGACCAGGACUAGACCAGGACCCGGACUAGACCAGGACUAGACCAGGACUAGGACUAGAACCAGGACUAGAACUAGAACCAGGACCAGGCCUAGACCAGGACCAGGACUAGAUCAGGACCAGGACUAGGACCAGGACUAGAACCAGGACCCCCCCCCCCCCCCCCAGCGUCUGUUUUAUCGGGGUACGUUUGCUGACCAUCGAUUGGACGAGGUUCAUUGAAGUCAAAGUCUUAUAAACUCGUUAAUAUCUGACAGACAUUUCUGCUCUUGCGUCGACUUGAGGCACUUUAAAAUGUGGAAGGAUCGAUGAAAAUGAUCAAAAUAAUUGAUUAGAGGGGACUGAAACCAACAUAACUCAGGAGUUUUUUCGGUAAAAUGUUAGGGUCAAAUCCAUGUUGGGGUCUUCAUGGAAGUCAGACCAAUGUAUCUUGAUUGUCAGUCACUAAACUUCCAACCCUGCUGAGAAAUGAAACCUUGUUACACAGAACUCUUUAUUUAAUGUGCAAUCAUGUUUAUUGAUUUCAUCAUCUUCACACAUCGGACGCCGUUUCAUUUGUUACCUCAAUCAUUUGUUUUAAAAUGACAAAUCCAAUUAACGGCAGAACUCCAGUUGGCAAUCUGAAAAUGUUGUCAACAAAUCAAAUAAAACGUACAAACAGCUUGGCAGGUCCGGUGGUCUGAUGAUUGACAGCUGGGAUAUGGGAUGAGUUCCAACAAUGACCGGCGGCCCUCGGCCUAGCUAUCGCCUGGGGCCGAGGCCCCCGCGGCCAUUUUGUGAGGAAGCUAGGAGGUGGCCAUUUUGCGAGGAGACGGCCAUCUUGUCAGCGAGCGAUGCGGCGGCCAUACAAGAUGGCCACUUCCUCAAAGAAAUGGCCGCUAUCUCCUAGCCCUUAAUCACAAGAGUGACGAAGCAGUCGUCUCCAUUAGCAACCCACAUAUUAGCGACCCACGGCGGCAGCCGUAUUGUGACCACGGCGGCCAUCUUGUGGCGGCGGUCAGGCCUGGUUGCGGAGCACGGGCGUGAGGUUGAUGAGGGAGUUGCUGGCCUGGGCGGGCUCGGCGAUGGAGACGCGCCCCCUCUGCUGGAUGAAGCGCGCCACUGCACUCAGCUCCUCCGGGCUGAUGGAGAUGAACUUCCCCUGGUCGUCAAUCACACCUGGGGGGCGGGGACAUUUAAAAACAUGGUAUGGGUCCCUGAUAGGACCUCCAGGUGAGUCUAAGGGCCCUGAUUGGACCACCAGGUGAGUUUAAAGUGUAAUUCCGGCAAAAAAAUAAAAGUACUUGGUUUUAUGUGCAGGGACCCUAGUCAUGCUACUGCAGAGGUUUGGUGCUAUUUUUAGCAAUUUCAGCGGUUCAAAAAAGCUGAUUUGGAAGAGAAACUCACUGCCCCAAGCCAACAACAUGGACGCCAAACAUUGCGCCGGGCAAACUCUAAUACUAGAUUUUCAAUGAAAAAGGUAUCUGGAAUCUGGAGGGCUUAUUUGAUGGGUUUCCAUGCCAAAACAAAGACCCUGGGUUGAAUAUUUGCCGGAAUUAAAUUUUAAGUUGAGUGUGAUUAGCCGUUGCAAGCCAUGUCCACCUAGACGUAAGCUGGAUAAAUCAGUCGACCCAGUUUACUGUAGCAAACGUUGCUAAUCCAUCCAGCGUACUUCUAGUUUGGCACACCCACUUGUGAUGUCAUUAAAACACAGGAAGAGGCAGAGCUUCAAAUAAGUGAUCUGAGUUUAAGGGCCCCGAUUCUACCAGAGUUCAGGCAGAGUUUCACUCAUUCACCUGGUGCCACGACAUCAGCCCUUUAAAUAAAUUAAAAUCAAAAGAGACAGACAGACUUGUGAUGUCACUAAAACACAGGAAGUAGGCGGAGCUUUAACACACCUGUGAGGGAGCCUUCAGCGAGGAGGUCUUGCAGUCUGGCAAUGGUGUCCUGGGUUCGCAUCCCGAAGAGUGACGCCAGGUCUUCAAGGAGAACCACCAUGGAGUCCUGCCGGGAAAAAUGUGAGCUGAGGCCAAACCACGUUCGACCAAACCACGUCCAGUGGUUAGAAACUAAAUCCAAAAAACAGUUUCUAAAUCAUCUCAAACGGAGCGAUGUCAUCCCCACAGAAUUGUUAUCGUAGGGAAAAAAAGUCAAAACAUGUCAAGAGUUUGACCAUUUAUGGUGCAAUCGUUCAGUUAAAGGCUGUAGAGAAAACACAAUGAGAAAGACUAUAUCUCGUAUGUGACGUCACACUCCCUGCGACUGGCGUGGACAAGACCGACAAUCUCCCCAUCGGCAUAACUGGAACCCUCCACGUGCCCCGACUUAUAAUGGUUUCACCUCUUUAGAUGCUGUUAUCCUCCCCUUGGGAAAGAGCGGUGAAGUGGAGCAGAGCGAUUGCCAUGUCUGUACCAGCGUGGUGGUGACGUAUGCAGGGGUGGUUCUUGGGGGGUGGAGGGGGGGCCAGUGCCCCCGUAAAACUGAACUCGUACCCCCCAGUGGCCUCUCCUUCAAACGUUUAUUUUUUUCUUUUUACCUCCGUCCGGCCAGGGGGUCGAUUGCUUGCGAUGGUGUGGCACUGACGCACAAGGUGGAACUUGAGAUUUAUAAUAUAUAAUUUUGACUUUAUUGCUGUUGGGGAUGUAUGAUACUGAGUGGUUUGAUGUCAGUGAAGGAAACCCAAAAGGUUGUAAUAUUGACGAUUGCUUUAACCAAUGAAACAUUUCAAAUGUAUAAUAUUGACAAUUUGCUGUAACUGAAGGAAACAUUUAAUACUACGCUACUGAAAUAAAUGCUGUGACGGGACAAAGCCAAUUAUUGUAUAUUGUGUUUUUGAAUGCCGUUACAGUAUUAAACUAAAUAUUUUGCGUCCCGGGUUCAAUUUGACCCUCCAACAAAACAACUGGCCCGGGUCUUGAACCACCCUGCGGUUCAAGACCAAUUUUCAUGGGGGGAGGGAAUUCAUGAAAAUGCAUCAUUCGCAUCGAGAGCAACGAAGAGCUGUAAUUCCCAAAGAGGCCUUACACAAAACCUAACAGUAUCAAACCGCCUUGAAAUAAAUUGUAGUUUUCUUUGCAUGAGAAAUUAUAAUUUAAAUGCACAUAAAACGUGUGUAAUCCAAGGCAUUGAAUGACUGGGAUCAGAAAAUAAUUCCGUUCUCUCCAUUGCCUCCCAUUCAAAUCUUCCGAGCCGGAAGGGGCGCACUUACUGGCCCGAAUGCCAUUUUUCAGGCUUCGAAUACUCGUUGGUUUUUCCGAGCGAAUAUUCAAAUACUCGUUCCAGAAAAAAACACCAUCAAAAACCAUUAAUAAUCUCUAUAUAUUCCCUGGAACCAAUUUUGACAGUAUCUGCAUAUUUUGUUGAAGAUUUAAGUAGGUUGAAGUUCCUUAGUUUUUCCCCGUGAAAGCGAACAGCUGUUGUUCUGUUCCAAAUCAGCUGUCCUCUGCCAUCUCAGCCCUUAGGGGAGCUUUUCAAUUCAUCCUGGAACGUGCAUCUUUUCAGGGAAUUUGUACAAUAAAUCCAUAACAAAUACCGAAUAUUGAUUGUUUUAUGUGUCCAUAUUAUAUCCAUUAUAUUGACCGGGUAUUCCCAAGACGCUCACGCUCUGCCGCAAGCCAGUCACAGUUGAUUGGCGCGGCGCUGUACAGCGAACGUAAACAAACAACUAAGCUAAGGUUAGCAUUUCGAUCAGCAUUACUUUUCCUCCCGAGAUCCCGCUAAUGUUGUGUUAUAAAGUAAAGGGAAACAAGAUAUCUAUUCUUCCUCCACCUCUCUCGCUUCUCUGCUGGGUGUCGCUGACGCUUAUAGUUUGCCCCCUCGCUCUGGUAACGUCACGUACGUGGAAAAAAAAAAACGAAGCUCCGAAUACUGAUUUAAGCUUCGAAUACAAAUUUUCCGAACGAGUAUUCGAAUAUUCGAAUUAUUCGGGCCAGCCCUAACGAGCUCUGUUGAAUAGUUUCCUGUGGAGAAAUGUGUUUGAAGGGAAGUCAAUUUUUGU